UAAAAUUUAUACAGUUCUUUUUUCGAAUUAUCAAUUUUUUAAUAGAAUCUUAAGUUUUUUUGAUUUUAAUUCGAUAGAAAUGAUGGUCUGCAAUCAAUAAUUUGUUACAAACUAAACUUCUGCAACAUCCUUAAUAACAAUGGAUUUAUCAAACAACGAUAUUGAUUUGUUCGAAGAAAAGACCAAUAUAACUUCUCAAACAAAAUCUGUAUUAAAAGAAAAAACUGGGAUACAAACUUCUGCUCCUGUUCUUAAUAAAAAAUUACUUAAUCAAAUUCAAAGUUUAGAAAAUGAAAUGGGAAAAGAUAAUGUAAACUAUAAUGAUUUAGAAAGAAGAUUACUUGAAGUAUGUGAAGAAAUUCUGCCUUUAAGUUUAAUAAAGUAUAUUCGAUUACUAUUAAAUUUAAAGAAGAAAUCGGAAAGUUCUAGUGAAUAUCCUACUACACGUAAAUGUCGCAGUUGUUUAGGAGGGCUUGGAAAUCGAAUGACUUCAAUUCGAACAUUAAAUUUUUCUUCAGAAAUGUAUUCUGUAUUAACAUUUCUUGGAUUUAAUGAUUUUGAUAUCAACAAUAGUGUAAUAUGCGAUACUUGUAUGCAACAAUUACAGAAUGUUUUAAUAUUUAAAAAUCAAUGCGAAACUUCUCAAAUUUCUUUACAAAAUCAAGUUAAAACAUUAGAGACUGAUCAGCAAGACUAUACUGAAACACAUGAUGACGAUUCUAUAUCACAUUCAAACUUCGAUGAUUUUGAGUAUCCUCUAGGGUUAGCUUCUUGUGAAAUAAAAAAUGAACCUGUGGAGACCAACGAAACAAAAGAUGAAUUGGCUUCGAAGAUUGGAAAAGAUGAAUCGAUUGAAACAAAAAAUUUUGAUGAAUUGAAAAGUGAUAAACCAGAAAAGAAAACUUCACAAAAAUCAAACUCAAAUUAUUAUGCUUGUUCAUUAUGUGAUAACUCUUAUCAAUUAGAAAAUUAUUUAAUUAGACAUAAAUAUUUCGCUCAUUUCGAAACAGAAAAUAUUUUCCCUUGUACAAUUGGGCAAUGCGGUCAAGUUUACAACUCACCAGAGGACUUAGAAAAUCAUAAAGAAGAUAGACAUACAACAACUUGUACUAUUUGUAAUAAAGAAUAUAAAACAAAUUUAAACUUACGUAUACAUAGGAAGCGACGACAUUUAAAUCCACAUUUUCCAUGUAGUCAAUGUACACGAGUUUUCAUAAAUAAAGACUCUUAUGAAAGACAUGUUAAACAAAAGCAUGAGACAGAUCCAAAAGAAAUUCGAGGGAAAAUCUGUGAUACUUGUGGUAAAGUUUUUACAACAUGUUCAAACUUUAAAAAACAUUUCAAUGAGGUUCACGUAGGAAUUAAGAAUGUUAAAUGUGAUUUUUGUGAUAAAAAAUUUGUCGAUAAACAUCGAAAAAAACAGCAUAUAAAAUUUACUCACAUGAAGUAUAGACCUUAUAAAUGUGAAUAUUGUCCAAAAGCAUUUUCAGGUAAAGAAAAACUUGAAGAUCAUAUACGAGUUCAUACUGGUGAAAAACCAUUUAUUUGUUCGAUAUGUUCACGUGCGUACCAUCAAGCUAGAAGUUUACAAUUACAUCAACAAACAACACAUAAUAUAGUUCCUGAAAAGAAGAAGUUGGCAAAUUUGGCAGACUCUUAAACAAAUAAACUUUAAUAUACAUAACUAAAUCAAGAGAAAAAUUUAAUAUGUUCUACAAGUGCCAACGAUUUUUUGAGAAAUUAUUAUUGACCAUAAUAAAAAUAUCAUUUAUUUCGAUUUAUCUUGUAGCUUGAGUAAGUUCGUAGUGGUCAAUAGAUGGAAAACGAAGCCAAUUGUUUAAUAUUUUGAAAAUAAUCAUAUACAGGGGGAGAAGCAACCUUAAAAACUUCCGAAAACUAGAUAUGUCAGAUAAUGUAACAUUCUGGAAACGCCA